UAACCUCAAGGGUUGGGAUGUUGUUGUAUCGCACUGGUUGGGAAUCAGACAGAACAGGCAGAGCGAUGUUUCAAAAGCGCCACAAUGUUUACAUUUUGGUGAAAACAACCCAUGAACUCUCUCAGUCAAGUGCUUCACAUUUCUGUUUGUGCUAAAAUAGUUCCAGCUUUAUAGUCCACCAGCAGGAGGCGCUGUAACAGCCUGGCCCACCAAGGCCCACCCUUAGUAUCUCAUCUCACCCAGGUCAUCUGUUGUUAUUUAUGCAUCUAUAAAAGAUGCACUGCUGAGAAAGAGAGAUAGAGAAACCAAAAGACAUCUGUCUUCGCUGAACAGCUGUACUAAUAAUGGCCUCAGUCAUUAUUCCAAAGCAUGUACCAGAAUGCACGAACAUCACCAUAUUAGGUUUACUAGAUUAAUACAUAUUCUAAAUACAACUGAACGCGUAAUACAAUAUUCAAAUUUAAAUCUUGAAUCAUACAUUUGAACCCAAUGAUAAUGAUGACCAUAUCGUCGCUGUCCUUCCAAAACCUCAGAUGUCCAAAUUUACAGUUUUUCAGGAAAUAGAAAAACACUGUACUUUUUAAAUGAUUAAAUGAUGUUGUCAAAGUUGAAAAGCAGUUUUUAAUACUGUUAUUGGUUAGACUUUUGCAAACUCCAGUGACAAACACAAAGGAUGACUAGUAAUAGUGAUUUACGGCAAAAAAAAUCACGAAAUAUGGAGAUACAAGGUUUCAGAAGGACAGCAGCUAUAUUUAGGGUUAGAUAUUUAAAUUUUCAUAUGAAAGAUCAAUGUUAGAUGUAUAGCUUCUUUUUAAGGUAUAUUUAAAGUAUUGUUUGAGGAUAUGCACCUGAGUUUCAUUCAGAAUCAAAUCUAAUGUGCUCAAAUUUAUAAAAAUAGAUGGAUAAAUUAUUAAACAAAUCAAUAAAUGUGUCAAAUAUAUUUUAUGUACAUGUCGUUUAUUUUAAAGUAUUAUUUAUUGAUUUAAUUUAACAAUCUUUACUUUCUAAUAUUCUGUUAUAAAUUAAAAGAUUCAGCGCUUGCAACACCAAGGUCAUGGGUUCGAUUCCAGAACACCACAAACUGAUAAGAAAUUAGUAUAUCUUUAAAGGGGUCAAAUGGCGUAAAUACAUGUUUUUCUGUGUCUUUGGUGUGUUAUAAGUUGCCCAUGCAUGUAUUAGACAUUGGCACUGGUUAACUGGCCAAUCAGAGCACACCUCGCUUUUCAGAGCGAUGAGCUUUGUAAACAACUUGUGCAUUUCAGAGAGGCGGGGCAAAGAGGAGAUACAAACAUGCACGGUAUGUGGAAAAUGCAGCAUUUUUGAACCUUCAAUCAUGCAUACACAUUGCAUUACAUCUAAAACAAACGAUAAUUUUCGUUUUAGUCGUGUCAUAUGACCCCUUUAAUGGACUUCCAGAAUGCAACAAAGCUCCAGAAUAUCUCUCUUAUUUUGACUUGUUCUUAUUAAGCCGACCAUUCAUAAGAUACUACUCCUCGUAACAAAGCAAAAUGCUAGCAACACCAAUACCAUGGGAUCGAAUCCCACACAACACACCAACUAAUAAAAAAUGUAAAAUCUUUAAUGCACUUUAAGGAUGCUGCUUUGGAUGCAAAUACCUUUCAAAAGCAUAAACAUCUAUUUGUCAUAAAACAUGUUAUACAACAAAAUAUGACAGUUCCUUAAAACGUACUGCUUUCAAAACUCGACAAAGCUCCAGAAUCUCUCUGUCCUUUUUGGACUUACACAGCUGACCAAUCAUAAGAUAUCCAACAGCAGGGAAUCUGAAGUAUAAAACGGCCUGGGACUCUGAACAUCUGUCCAGUGCUGUUGGGUUGCCAUCCGUACCCAAAUGCCCGAACCUCUCCAAACACUCAAAACCAUGUUGUUCAUUAUCUAUCUGAGUCUGUGGAGCGUGCUGGGGUCGCACGGUCAGAGCACGAUCGGCACAACGUCUCAAACCUUCGUGACAUCUGGAGAGGACAACGGGCAGUGCACGACCUGUCAGUUCAGACAGCAGAGUAAGCUCAUGCGUCUGCACUCCAUAAAGUCUCAAAUUUUGAGCAUCCUGCGUCUGGAACAGGCUCCCAACAUCAGCAGGGACACGGUCAAGCUGCUCCUGCCCAAAGCACCACCGCUUCAGGAGCUCCUGGACCAGUAUGACCAAAACGGUGGAGUAAGCGAAGAUGAAGAACAGGGCAGCAGCGAGACCAUCAUCACGAUGGCCACGGAACCUGAUGGUGUGUACUUUGAACUGUCCGGAGAACGUUUUAAGUUAAGAGUCCUUCCUUCAGCUGUUGAAAUAGCUCAAGCUAUCACCCAAGGGGAGGGGAUGCCGAAAUGUUGCAUGUUCUCGCUGAGCCCCAAGAUUUUACCUGACAGCAUUCUGAAGGCCCAGCUCUGGAUCUACCUGAGACCAGCUGAGGAACCGACAACAGUUUUCAUCCAGAUAUCACGCCUGAAGGUACCUUCAGAGGGGACCGGUCGCUCCAGAAUACGCUCCCAAAAAAUAGACGUCAACGCUCAGACGAACUCCUGGCAACAUAUUGAUAUGAAGCAGCUGUUACAGUCAUGGCUGAAACAACCAGAGAUUAACUUCGGGGUUGAAAUUAAAGCCUUCGACGCGAACGGAAACGACCUGGCUGUAACUUCUGCGGAAUCGGGAGAAGAAGGACUGCAACCCUUCCUUGAGGUCAAAAUAUCGGACACCGCCAAACGCUCCAGGCGCGACACCGGCCUCGACUGCGACGAGCAUUCCACCGAGUCCCGCUGCUGCCGGUAUCCGCUCACCGUCGACUUCGAGGAUUUCGGUUGGGACUGGAUAAUCGCCCCCAAGCGCUACAAAGCCAACUACUGCUCCGGCGAGUGCGUUCAGAAGUACCCCCACAGUCACAUCGUGAACAAGGCCAACCCGCGGGGCAGUGCGGGACCGUGCUGCACGCCCACCAAGAUGUCGCCGAUAAACAUGCUGUACUUCAACGACCGCGAACAAAUCAUCUACGGAAAAAUCCCCUCGAUGGUUGUGGACCUCUGCGGUUGCUCCUGAACCUUCAACCGUGGGUUCCGGAGUCGCCGUAACACCAAGCCCAAAUCGCUCUGGAACGGAGGGACGUGAAAACAACCUUUGCCUACAUAACCUUUUCUUAAAUAGUUCCAUGCAAAACCAUUUCCACCCAUAAAAACAACUUAGCCAUUUUGUUUGUUUGUUCACAUCAACUGUUGCACACAAAACGACAGGUUUCUUGGUUUGUGAAGGUUUACAUGCUUCCUCUGUCAAUGUAUUUGAGCACAGAGAUGAUACAAUGGGCUUUACCAGGGUGAUACCGUGAUAUAACAAUGUACAAAUUACUUGAAAAGGGACUGUACAGUUGAUUAUUUAUAUAAACUUAUCCCCCAGUGACCCAGAAAAGGACUCAACAUGAUGUCCAAACAACCCUAUCCCAGAUGAUUCAAGACAUUCCUUCUGUUUCUUCAUGUCAGCACGUUUUACUUCUUCAUGAGUCUAGGUUAAAAUCUACACAUUUCAGUAUCAUCUGUAUGCAGUUCAAUUAAAUACUUGUGUGACAAAUGAUGUGCAGUGCGAAUGUUUUUGACACUGCUGUGACGCCACUUCAGCUACCCAUGUGCGCACAUUUUCUAAAAACACUGUCCAUAUUGCCAUUGAAUGCAAUGAAUCAGUUUUAACCUAGAAAUGGACAUAGUGAUUUCUGACCAAUUAGUAGCCUAGAUGUUUUUUUUCCAAACAUGUCAUUUUUGUCGUUCAAAAAUACAAUUUGAUCGUAGUUGUGAUUUUCCUUGUUGUAGCAAGUAAAACGAGUUGUUUGCGUUUGUCCUCAAAAGACCUCUUCAAACUUGUCACCCUAUGACCCCUAACAGAACAACAUUGGCACCAUUUCAAGCAUGUGGCCCAGAUAACGGCGCUCAAAAGCAACAAAGCCAUAUUCUAGGGAAGUCAAACUUCCUACGCCCGUGUUAUUUUGUUCUCUGAAGGCCCCCCAGUGCGUUAGAGGCCCCUUGAGGCAAAAACAGAAGUCUGUUCCCAGCCUAAAAGGACAAUGAGUACACACAGACAUCGAUGUCCUUUUAUAGAAAUGUAGCACUGCCCUUACUCAGCCAAUAUUAUAGAUAUCAACUUUGCAACUAAGCCGUUUUGGGUCACCAUUGACUGACUCCCAUAGUGGGACAAACGACUACUAUGAUAGUCAAUGGAGACUCAUACAAACUUUCAUUAAAAUACCUGUUCAGCACAACAAAGAAAUGUAUACAGGUUUAUAACAACUGGAGGGUUGGCAAAUAAUGACCAAAUCUUCUUUUUUGGGUGAACUAUUCCUUUAAGAAACAACUGUGACAACUUAAAAACGACCACAUUUCCACAUUUAUUCAUAAAGUCCUGUCACUUAAGCAACUAUUUUCACUUUAAGACAAAUUUGUUGCUUGUAUAUAAGACAAUAUAACGCUUAAAAUAGAAAUAACAAACUCUCUUUCUCCGAGUGAUGAAAUACGCUCCUGUCGCAGCUUUCAGUUUCUUAUAAAUCACGUGGCUCGCGAUUCGGCGUGUUGUCCAAAAUUCCA